AUGUUAAAAGUCGUAAUUGUAGGUGCCAAUGGCAAAGUUGGUCGUUUACUAUUAAACAAAAUAAUUUCUGCCUCUCCAACUCAUUUUGAUAAACCAUUAGCCAUAGUUAGAACAAAAGACCAAGUUGAUUAUUUUACUGAACAAUUUCAAGAUAAAAUCAAUGUUUCCUUAACAUCAAUUGAAGAUUCCACGGUUGAUGAUAUCGCUAAAAAAAUAUCUGGAUAUGAUGCAGUAGUUUUCACUGCUGGUGCAGGUGGUAAAGGGGUGGAAAGAAUUUUCACUGUUGAUUUAGACGGUUGCUGUAAAACAAUCGAGGCCUGUGGAAAAGCAGGGGUGCAGAGAUUUAUUCUAGUAAGUGCAAUUCAUGCAGAAGAUCGUGAAAAAUGGUAUCAUACUGCGUUGAGGAACUAUUAUAUUGCUAAAAGAGCCGCAGAACAUGAAUUGAAAUGGUCAAACUUGGAUUAUACAAUAUUACAACCUGGAUCUUUAGGUUUAGAAAAGGGAACUGGCAAAUUAUGCCCUGCUAUUGAUAUUGAAUCGAAAAAAGACUCAUAUUAUCAAAUCCAAAGGGAAGAUUUAGCCACAUUUAUCGUAGCUAGUUUGUUAAACCCAUCAAAAACCAUUAGAAAAACCAUUCCUUUGGCCAAUGGCGACGAACCAAUUUCUGAAUUCAUUGAUAAGUUAUAA